UUAUGUCAAACUCCAGCGUACUCCAUUUAAUCCUCACAAAGAUUGGUACGAAAGAAAGAUAAACGCGCCUCCCGUCUCCUCAGCUUCGCAGCUGUUCUUCUUCUUCUUCUUUCCCGACCAGACUCUCUCUCCUUACCGACACGACAUCGUUUUCAAUUCAACCGCAACACAACACGUCUUCUUUCCACUAGUCUCUUUCUUUCCAAGUCUCCCGAGAUCCACUCGCCUCGAGUCACCGCCCAGUCAACUCAUCCGACACAACUCAAGUUUUGUCUCUCUCUAGGAUCUCCCGCAGUUCAAACUACAGUCUUCGAUUAUUCAAACGACGCUGAAUUGAUCAAGCUCAUAGCGUAUUCUUCCACAUUUUUUUUUUAAUUUCAUUUCUUCAAGAUCUCCUUCGAGUUGAAGGGAGAUGCGGAUAAGAUAAUCGUAAUCUUUAUUUAGUGAAACGACGUCGUAUUCAAGUGAAGACGAGACCUAACUCUCUUGCCUCUGAGAUCUUUGUUGGAACCUGGAAACACUAAACUUCAUUGAUGUGCUGAAAACGACGACGAUUUGACUACAGAUUAAGUGAUCGGGAUUCUAUUUCUAUUACAUCGGAAAUAAACGAGAUUUUUCUGUAGUAGGAAGACGAAUUAUCAAGAGUGACAUAAGGUGGAUUUGGUGGCUCAGUCGGAGUUGUUGCGGCUGACUCGAUAAUCCGGCGGCCACUGAAUGGCGGCGACGAGUCAGAGCUGGGGAGAUGGCAUGUCAUCGGAUAACAUAAAAGGUCUGGUUUUGGCUCUCUCGUCCAGUCUGUUUAUUGGUGCUAGUUUUAUUGUUAAGAAGAAGGGACUGAAGAAAGCUGGCGCUUCUGGUAUUAGAGCAGGUCUGGGAGUUGGAGGCUAUUCUUACUUGUAUGAGCCACUAUGGUGGGUGGGCAUGAUAACAAUGAUUGUUGGGGAAAUUGCUAAUUUUGCUGCUUAUGCAUUUGCACCUGCCAUAUUGGUUACACCACUGGGUGCUCUCAGCAUUAUUAUCAGUGCUGUUCUUGCUCAUAUCAUUUUACAUGAAAGACUACAUAUUUUUGGUAUUCUUGGUUGUGCACUUUGUGUUGUGGGCUCUACAACAAUUGUGCUACAUGCUCCUCAAGAGCGCGAUAUUGAAUCUGUAAUAGAAGUUUGGAAUCUUGCUACAGAUCCGGCUUUUCUCUUGUAUGCAGCACUGGUCAUAACAGCUGUAUUUGUCCUUAUAUUCCAAUUCAUUCCAGAGUAUGGUCAGACACACAUAAUGGUUUAUAUUGGAGUCUGUUCUCUUGUAGGUUCAUUGUCGGUUAUGAGUGUUAAAGCUCUAGGAAUUGCUCUGAAGUUAACAUUGUCUGGAAUGAAUCAGUUAAUAUAUCCACAAACUUGGUUCUUCACGCUAAUUGUAUUUACUUGUGUGAUUACGCAAAUGAAUUAUUUAAACAAGGCGCUGGACACUUUUAACACAGCAGUUGUAUCUCCCAUUUACUAUGUCAUGUUCACUUCACUUACCAUCUUGGCUAGUGUGAUCAUGUUUAAGGAUUGGGAUAGGCAAAAUCCCACACAAAUUGUCACUGAAAUGUGUGGAUUUGUGACAAUCCUUUCAGGAACCUUUCUUCUUCACAAAACUAAGGACAUGGGUGAUGGUUUGACAACAUCUAUGUCUUUGCGGUUACCUAAGCACACAGAUGAGGAUGGUUUUAGAUCUGAAGGCAUCCCUCUAAAGCGACAAGAUUCGAUGAGAACACCGUGAUAUCAUGGUGUAUAUCGUCUGUCUAUCAUCUGAGAGAAAUGUUCAUACACUUUCGAGAGAAAUGUUAGGGGGGUGAAUAAUAUUAGUAAGGAUAACAAUGUUAAUGAAAAGACAGAAACAGUUUUAGCUUGAGUUUGCCUUGUUCGAGGAUGGAUUAGAGUUGAGUCAGUGUAAUUCGGUUUGAAUGCUGCCUGGACUCAAUGAGGGGGAACAAGAAUUUGUUCUUGGAACAAUUAAACCCUAAACUUUGGAUAAAGAGCAAAGAGCACAAUGGAGCUCCUCUGGCGAGAUAGUCUGUUUGUCUUGUUUAAAUCAUCAACCAUUUAGCGGUUAGCAUUAAAAUAUAUUUUACUGGUUACACUUGAAUAGUAAUGGUUUGUGGGGAAUCGGGAUUCCGUAGUGACAUUAUUGAGAAAUUGUUCUUUGGAAGGAUCUAUCCAUUCGCAUGAAGUUUUGGCACAAAAA